GGGCAAGUUGACAUCCGUGCUCGAGCUCAAUCACUCUGGAAAUUCCAAAAGGAAAGUCUGAAAAAUAGGGACAAAAUAAGUGUUCUAAACGACUGUGGCGGUACCUGCCAGKUCCUAUUCUUUUCUGAUAACCAAACAMAGCUAUCUUCAAAGUCUCAUUGUAGUUCCAUGUGAUUGGUAGACAAGUCAACAUUCUACCAUGGACGGAAAGAGUAUACCUAUCCAUGGUGAUUCUAAGGACUGCGAGCUUCACAAUACAUAUGAUGUACAGUUUUGUGUCCUUGCUGCAGUCAGUGUUUUACUUGGCUCUGUCAUGUGUUUUUGUGGAUAUAAAUUCUUCAAGUUCAUCUUAUUCUGUAGUGGUUUUCUUAUUGGCUUCUUCAUUACAUAUACACUAUGUGCAAUGUACUUGACAAAUUUGUCUGGAUCACUGCUUGUUCAUAAGCAACAGCUUUAUCUUGGAAUAGCAGCUUUCACUGGACUUAUCAGUGGUAUCAUUGCUCUGUGUGUGUUUUAUCUUGGUCUUUUUGUGCUUGGAGCAACAAUGGGCUGGUUUGUUGGCAUGGCAUUCCUACCCCUGCUAAGUGAACACUCUGCUUACCUAAAUGAGAACACAUGGCUUCCAUUUGUCAUCCUAUUUGCAUGUGCAAUUCUUGGUGGGAUUUUAAUAAUAUGCUUGCAAAAGAUCAUUAUCAUCAUCGCAACAUCUUUUCUUGGUGCUUUUUGUAUCACAAAUGGAUUGGAUUACUACAUUGAGAAUAAUGUUACUCUUUAYUAUUCAAUCAAAGUUCUCCACGGCUCUGUUGAUGAAACUAUGAAACCAAGAUGCUGGUACACGUGGACUGUGUUUGCUUUCAUUCCAAUUCUUUUUAUUGCUGGUUUAGCAAUCCAAUUUGCUAUCACAUCAAAAGGCAAAGAUCAUACAAGAGGUUAUGACAGACAGCGUACAAUACUAGUUGCUCCUCCGCCUGAUGCAACAAUGAUGCAAGACUUUGCAGACACCCAGCCGUUGGUAUCCAAUCAGGCAUAGAGACGUUUGGGAGACACGUUCUUGCAGUUUUCWUAAUACGUUCCAUGCUAGUAUUUCUGCUUUGGAAUCGGUUUAGAACUGGGAAUUUUCAUGAAAAAUAAAUAAUGCUGCAUGGGGUAAAUCCUUAGUUGCAAAGAAAAUCCACACAAAAUUUAUAGAGGGGCUUACUUGAGUCAUACAAGUUUAGAUUUAUUUUUUUAUGUCGAAAAUUUGAUCGAUAKCGACAUGACAAGUCCAAAAAACAAACAAGAAUAAUAAAAGUGCGAAAUAUUUGAAAGGCAGAAACAGUUACAUUUAAAAUGUCCCAGUUAUUACUGUAAUCAAGAAUAAACUUAAGUCAGUUCAGAUAGCAUUACCAUGUGGGAUGAGCUUGUCAAAGUAUAUGAGCAUGUGUAAUGUGUAAAUCAUGUCUGCUUCUAAGAACACUGACGCUUGGCUAUUGUUAAAGUUUAAAAGAAAAAAAAAAACGUUUUAAUGCUGUCAAAGUUAAGAUUUGAAAUUAAAAGCUUGUUUCGUUGGG